AUGCGUGAGGUCAUCGUAAAUAUUAGAGAUCCUAUCACCAUUGCCAGCAUCAGAGCCAUGAACCCCCGCAACCUUAAGGUGCACGUAGACCGCGCCAUCGAACAUAGCAACAAUGAGCACAUCCGUAAAUUGAAGACUGUGUCCGCGAACCAACUCAAAAGUGGCGACCUGAGCAUCAAAACAGCCACUGCCACAGACAUGGAGGCCCUACGCCAGUUCGCAGAGGAUUGGGAACACCGCAUCGGUAACGGAGCCGCAGGACGGAUCCCAACCUACGGAAUCCUAGUACACGGCAUACGAACCGGCUCAAUGGACAUGGAACGCUCCACGGAACUCCAAGAGGAACUAUUACAGGAUAACAAAGCCUUCAUUCCCACCGCAGAGAUCAAGUACAUCGGAUGGUUAACCAGAUCCUCCACUACAAAGUCCGCUUCAUCCAUCAUUGUCGAGUUCGCCAAGGCAGAGGACGCCAACAAGCUCAUCGACGAGGGACUUAUCUGGCAAGGCGAGGUUUUCCAAUGCGAACGAUACGACAGACAGUGCCGUCUGAGACAAUGCUUCAGAUGCCACACAUACGGCCACAUAGGAACCCAGUGCAAGGCAACGACAACAUGCGGCUACUGCGCGCAAGAACAUGCAACCCGAGAGUGCCCCUCGAAAAGCGACACGGCCACACCACGGAAAUGCGCAGCGUGCCACGGCGAACACGAAGCAUGGCACGGCCGGUGCCCGACCAGGAUUCGGGAGCUGGCCAAAAUCAAAGCAGCAUACAAACAACGACCGAGAUACCACCCGGAAGCCAACGCGGCUCCAGCCAUCAUAGGAACCAUUCCACCAACCAGGACGACAUCAAGACCAGUAAUGGAAGCAGGCCAGAGCCAGAAUGCACGCCCGGAACGUAGCAGAUCACUCGUAAAGAAAAAGAUACAGAAACGCCAGCAACCAGCCGAGAACCAGACACAAGACGAGAACGAAGAGAGCACGAUCACUGUCGCCUCAGAGAAAGCCCGGCCGAGACGGGCGCUAGUGCCCUCCCGACGAGCGCUUGAAGCCAUAGACUACAACGUCAGAAAGUCAAGAGACGUGGUGAUGGCUACGCUCCUGCGUGACCCUAGGAUCGACAACUACGACAUCCUUGCUAUCCAGGAGCCAUGGGCGAAUCCAUACAACACUACAACACACCACCCAGCAAAGGACCGUUUCCAUCUCUGUUACCCGUCAAAUAGAGAAGACGGCCCUGCCAGGGUAUGCUUCUUCGUGAACAAGAAGCUAGACCACUCCAAGUGGCAAUUCAAGGAGCACAGCAAAGAUCUCUGUACCCUUACCCUGGGACUUCGUGCAGCUCAGAACACUGAAAUCGCCAUACAUAACAUCUACAACCCGCAAAACCAAGAAAACGGCAGGACACGAUCCCUACAACAACUACGGACAGCCCUAGAGGCCAACCAGCACAUGGAACAGAUAGUAGUAGGAGACUUUAAUCUUCAUCACGAGUUAUGGGGAGGAAGCAACAUCCGGACGCCAGACGCAGAAGCGAAAGAACUGAUAGAACUCAUGGACGACCUUGACCUCAUCAAUCAACUACCCGUGGGAACGAUCACAUACAUGCAAGGGAACGGCUGCUCGACAAUAGACCUCUGCCUCUUCACAGUGGGUCUAGUAAGCAGGCUCAUCAAAUGUGGAAUAGACGACAACGCAAACCACGACUCGGACCACCUCCCCAUAGCAACGUCGCUGGACCUGACGGUAGCACAGCUACAACAGGAAGAGACAAGAGACUGGAAGUCUCUAGACGCAACAAUCUUCACAAAAGUCGUUAAACGAAAGCUACCCCCACUGAGGAGGCCGAGGACAAAAGCGGCACUGGACAGAUAUAUCAGCGAGAUAAUCGAAGCCCUCACAACAGCCAUCAACGAAGGAGUACCAACAAAGGCCCGUUCCCCCAGGUCGAGGCCAGGCUGGAACAAAGAAUGCGCUGAAGUCCUUGCGGAAACCAAACGACUACGCCGACGAUACAACAUGGAACCUACCGAACAGAGCUGGCAAGAGUAUCUUGCAUCACGAAACAAGAAAGGCAAAAUUGUUAGAAAGGCAUUACAGAAGACACACCGCGAGGCAGUGGAAGCAGCAGCAGAAUCGCCAGAAUCACUUUGGAGGAUAGCCAAAUGGGCCCGAACUAGACAGAACCAAACGCCAACUGUCACACCAGAAAUCACAAACCCCAGCACGGCCCAGGUAGCCACCACGCCAGAAGAGAAAACCGAGAUUUUCAGGAAGACUUUCUUCCCAACGCCCCCAGAGGCCUAUCUCGAAGACAUAGAAAACGCAACAUACGGGGAACAGAUUGAACUCCCACCAAUAUCAGAAAACGAAGUAGAGGAAGCAAUACAAAAAACGGCACCGCUUAAGGCACCCGGCCCCGACGGAAUCACAAACAAAGCGUUACAAGUAGCCAAGCCCUGGAUCAGCCCCCACCUAACCCGGGCAUUCAACCAGAGCCUCCAGCUCGGAUACUGCCCACAACACUUUAGAACGUCCACAACAGUCGUGCUACGGAAGCCCGGCAAAGACAACUACACAACGCCCAAGUCAUACAGACCGAUAGCACUUCUAAACACCGUCGGGAAGAUCAUGGACGCAAUCAUAGCGGAAAGAUUAAGCUACAUGGCCGAAACGCAUAAACUACUACCAGAAAAUCAUAUAGGCGGGAGGAAACAAAGAUCAACAGAGAACGCGCUGCACACCAUCAUCGACAAAAUAUAUGAAGCCUGGGACGAGAGGCAAGGAAAGGUCGCGAGCCUUCUCCUCCUCGACGUAUCGGGAGCAUUCGACAACGUAUCACACCAAAGACUCCUCCACAACCUCAGGAAAAGACGGAUCGACGAAGCAAUAGUACGAUGGACCGCAAGUUUCCUGGGAGACAGGCAAACAAAUAUCCAUGUCGAUGGAUACCAGUCCAAGCCAUACACGCUUACAACUGGCAUACCACAAGGCUCUCCCCUAUCACCAAUACUCUAUCUAUUCUACAACGCAGACCUCCUGGAAAGAUGCAACCAAGGCCAGGAAACACUCACAACAGGAUUCAUCGACGACGUGGCCAUCCUCGCAUGGGCAGACACGACAGAAGAAGCCUGCCGCAAACUCCAAGAGGCAUUAGAAGCAGCGGAAAGCUGGGCAACAGCCCACGCAUCCGUCUUCGCGCCCGAAAAGUUUCAGCUCGUUCAUUUUACAAGGGCAAGGUCAAAAAUCGACAUCGACGCACCACUACAGAGCAAAUGGGGCAAGAUAAAGCCUAAGCCAACAUGCAAAUACCUCGGCUUAACCAUGGACACUGCCCUCAGGUGGAAACCACAUGUCGAUGAAAUAGAACGCAAAGUCUCGAAGACCAUAGCAGCCAUCAGCAGCCUAGGGAGCUCCACCUGGGGGGUAAGAACAAAGGAAAUGCGGACCAUCUACCAAGGGGUAGCGAUACCCCAAAUGAUGUAUGCAUGCUCAGCGUGGUCCAACGCCAGCUGGGGAGCCAAAGGAUACACAGACCGAACCCUAAACAGAAUGCGAAGACUACAGGCUAGAGCAGCAAGGGCGAUGUGCGGAGCCUUAAGGGCCACGUCCUUCCCAGCACUCGACGUGGAAAUGCACCUCCUCCCGAUAGAGCAACGAAUAUGGAAACACAACAUCGACACAAUCAACAGACUGGGCCCGAGAGGACAAAGUGAAGGCGAGAACGUCAGGAACACAAGACGAAGAGUAAGAAAGAAAAAGAAGACAAGCCCGCGGCAGAUAAUCGAACAAGAACUACGCAUCAAACAAGGCGACAACACGGGACAACGGGAGCCUAUCGCCCCCUUCAUAAUCCCACCGUGGUGGCAGGGACCACGCAUGUUCAUCGCAGACACCGCAGAAAACGCCAGGAAAGAGCACCAGAGGUGCACCGAAUAUGAGACCGAAGCCAUACAAAUCUAUACAGAUGGGAGCGGCAUUAACGGGCAUAUAGGAGCAGCGGCGGUAUGUGCCACCACGUACCAGAUCCGCAACUCAUAUAUGGGACCUGACACCAUAUCAACGGUGUACGCGGGAGAGCUGCAAGGCAUCAUCCUCGCUCUCGAGAUAGCCGAGGAGGACAAGCAGAAGGGAAACAACAGAAGCAAAGUCCUGAUCUAUACCGACAACCAAGCAGCCAUCAGAUCAUCAGCCAGGCCAAAAGGCAAGUCAGGCUCUUACUUGCUCCGAACGAUCGCAGACAAGACACAGAAACUCCAAGAACAAGGACUCAAAACGGAGAUCCGAUGGGUACCCGCCCACACGGGGAUCCAGGGCAACGAAGACGCCGACACGGCAGCCAAAGAAGCCACAGGAUGGAGACAGAACGGCGAGACAGGCGCCAAGGCGGACAAGCCGCAGCACCUGUACGCACUCAGAUCAACGCUCAAGACAUGGACAUACAGAGAGGCAAACAAAAUGUGGCAAGCCAGGUGGACGGCGGAACCACGAGGCAGAACCUCGUUCCGAUACACACCAAAACCAACGAAGAGGGUGCUGCAGCUCCACGAAGGGUUGAGCAAACGACAGAGUGCAAUCCUUGUGCAAAUGCGCACAGAAAAGAUCGGACUUAAGGACUUCCUCUUCAGCCGAAGGGUACCGGACGCCAUGGACGCCAACUGCCCAUGCCGGGAAGGACGCCAACUGCCCAUGCCGGGAAGGACGCCAAACGGUAUCGCACAUUCUAUUGCGAUGCCGGAGACUUCGACAAUUCCGAGAUCAAGAAUUCGGAUCCAUUCCAGGACGAUAUAA